AUGAGCGCAUUUACAACCAAGACUGAAGAACAGAUGGCAAUAGUUUGGUCGUGGUUUGAUAACUGGGGACCUCAUCAACGCUAUCAAUUUAUGGAUUCCUUAGUUUCAAAAGUUGUACCACAUCAAGUGUGCUCUCUAUACGAUGCAAUGGAUUCUCUAGGUAUUGGAGAUAACAAYGGACAAGACUUAUUUCAGUGCCAGCUUAGAAUGUUUGACAAAUGGUUGARAACUUGGAUUGACAAAGACAAAAAUCGUUUUGUUGAUGGUCUUGACGAGAGAGACAGCGAAGCUGUGAAAUAUUUCUAUGAUAAAGUAGCGCAAACAGCUCAAGAACCUUAG